AUACAAACACAGCGGCAUAGGCCCAGCUGAAGAAGACAGACUGCAGGAUCCAGGCUUUAUUUUGCAUCAUCUACAGCUGCAGCUCUGACCUGGUUUUGUAGAGCUGAUAUGAACGCAGAAGAGUUUCGCCGUAAAGGGAAGGAGAUGGUCGAUUAUGUGGCUGAUUACCUGGAGAACAUCGAGCAGCGGCCAGUCUAUCCAGAUGUGGAGCCUGGUUAUCUGAGGCAUCUCAUUCCCACCGAGGCACCAGAGGAUCCAGAGUCUUUCGAUGACCUGCUGAAGGAUGUGGACAGGGUCAUUAUGCCUGGGGUGACACACUGGCACAGUCCAUAUUUCUAUGCCUACUUCCCUACAGGCAAUUCUUACCCCUCUUUAUUGGCCGACAUGCUGAGUGGAGCCAUUGGAUGCGUUGGAUUCACCUGGCCUGCUAGUCCAGCCUGUACUGAGCUGGAGACAGUGAUGCUGGACUGGCUUGGAAAGAUGCUGAAGCUGCCUGACUGUUUCUUAGCUGGAACUCAUGGCCUUGGAGGAGGUGUUAUACAGUCCACUGCGAGCGAGGCCACACUAGUGGCAUUACUCGCAGCCAGGUGUAAAGCCAUCAGACAAGCCCAGGCUACCAACCACGGCCUGUUGGAAUCUGAAAUCUGCUCCAAACUAGUGGCUUACACAUCUGAACAAGCUCAUUCGUCCGUGGAGAGAGCUGGUCUCAUUGGUGGCGUCAUCAUGAAGAAGGUCCCCACAGACAACAACUAUUCUCUGAGCGGCAUGCUACUCAAGAAGAUGAUCGAAGAAGACAAGGCAGCCGGGCUCAUCCCUUUCUAUUUGUGUGCUACUCUUGGUACAACAUCCUGCUGUUCUUUCGAUAACCUCAUGGAACUUGGACCGAUUUGUAAUGAAGAAAAUAUGUGGAUGCACGUGGAUGCUGCUUAUGCCGGGAGUGCAUUCAUCUGCCCUGAGUACAGACCUCUGCUCAAUGGGAUUGAGUUUGCAGAUUCUUUCAACUUCAACCCACACAAAUGGCUUUUAGUCAACUUUGAUUGCUCCGCUAUGUGGGUGAAGAAAAGGGCAGACCUCAUUGGAGCAUUCAAGAUUGAACCUACCUACCUCAAACAUGACAACCAGGAGUCAGGACUGGUUACAGAUUAUCGGCAUUGGCAGAUCCCACUUGGAAGAAGAUUUCGCUCUUUGAAAUUGUGGUUUGUCUUUCGCUUAUUUGGGAUAAAACAAUUGCAGGCUCAUAUACGCAAGCAUAUAGCUUUGGCCAAAGAGUUUGAGAGCCUUGUCCGAGCUGACAAGAGGUUUGAGAUUUGUGCAGAGGUGGUGCUGGGCCUGGUCUGCUUCAGAAUCAAGGGCUCCAAUGAGCUGAACCAGACUUUGUUGAAGCGGAUCACCAAGGACCGACAGAUCCACCUGGUGCCUUGUCAACUCUCUGGACGCUUUGUGCUUCGCUUCUGCAUCUGUGCCCAUGGGACCGAGUCUCUCCAUGUGCAAAAAGCAUGGCAGCACAUCACACAGCUCACCUUUGAGCUACUGCAGGAGCAUAUCAACUAAAGCAGCAUGCACUGGGACAAACGAGGGGCCAUCUGACCUAAAUUAGGCCCAGUGUCAGAACAAAAAAAUCAUUCCUAUCAGAUGCUUUAAAUUCAAUAUGUUUAUGGUUAUAUUGUCUUGCGUCUCUUGUUAUGUCUUUACAUUUUUUGGGAGCCUCCAUGAUGUAAUGGGUGGGUGUUACUUGUUACAUGUAUGUAUGCAAUUAUUGAUUGUGUUCGUAAACUGGUUGAAAUGUUAAAUGACCAAGAAUCUUCCACAUUACCAAAACUUACAAGUGUUUCCCUACAACAAGUGCAUUAUUUAUUUAUUACAUAUUUAUGAAGAGUCAUUAUAAAAUAGAGUAUAUGUCUUAUGUUCACUGGGAAUGUACAAUCUACUACUCCAAUUACUACUUCUUUUUUUUUUCUCA